AACUACUUCGCUUCACCUCGACAUGCUCAAUUCACGACCGAUUUCCCGCAAUGGGGAAGGUACUCAGCGAUUUGGAGCCAAAACACCAGCAAGAGGUCUCCAAAAUGAAAACGCCAUUCGAAAUGCACCAACUACGCUCGGGAAAGGAAACUUGAAGGCCAGUAUUCCCCAGACACCCCUCCAGUCCAAGAGUAUCAAAGGCGAUAUUCAGCUCAAAGACGUUCCUCGAGCGGGCAAGGGUGACCCACCUAUACAGCUCAAUACCAUCUCGCGACCCUUCCUCGAUAAGACGCCGUUUCCAAAUCGCGUCGUGUCCAUUCAUACACAGACUCCUUUUAAUAGAGACUUGUCCGAAACCCCAGAUUCUCCGCAAAUACCUAGCUCUACCCGGAAACAUAUACGUUUACCCAAACAAUCCCAAAAAUUCGAGACGCCUUUGAACACGAAACACCAUUGGGAUCUCAGCGACGAUGAGGUAGAAAUAGCUGCUCCUGUUGCCCCCCCGAGGGUGCUGGAGGUCAAAGAAGACUACGAUGAAGUUGAAUACAUGCCACCCAACACACUUGAUCUACCUUAUCAACCGCCGUUGGAUUUUCAGCUUCCGGAUUACAGAGAAGUUGGAAAGGUGCUAAUGGGCUUCUCACGGAACCUCGUGCUUGACGAGCCACAGCCGCCACCUGAAAUCGCUCCGAGGGCGGAAGACAUUGCUCCCAUACCUUGGAACAUGAUUCCUCUUCCCGAGCUCGAGGAUGAUGACCCCUUUGAUGCCUCCCGAAAGAAGAACCCACCUCCGACACGCACUACUCAAUCCACAAUGCGCAAUUCAUCAAAGCCUGUCCCAGUCCCUAGAACCACCCACAUACCCCCUACCUCUACUACCCGCCCUAAUACAUCAUCUUCUGUCAUUCGCCCAAACUCCCGCACUCGAGUAGCCUCUGUCUCAACCCACAACACCCGCACUGCUCUCAAACCUGUGAUGGCGAUGGGGCGUAGCCCUUCCAAACUCUCGGGCGAUGUUACAGUCAAACCCAAGGCCGUUCCUGUACGCAGACCAGCCACGUCUGCCUCAACUCAUAAGUCUGCCUUACCCCCAGUCCGUGGUCGGCCUGGAGCGUCGAAGCCAUCCACUACUACGGGCCCACUAUCAUACCGUCGCCAGGUUGUCGCUACCAAAUCCAUCAAUACGAAAACCGAGGAUGAACUAGAUGUUAUAAGUUUGAAAGCUGAUUUGUUGAAACACGAUGAAAAUGAAGAUUUUUUGUUCGAUGUGUAAAAUGUUUCCACGCCAUGUGCGACAUAAUCCAUGUAUUUGUUAGUUCGAAGUAAUCAAGUCGUGUCACCCCAA